AUGGCUCCCGUCAAGGCUACUCCCGUCACAAAGAAGUCCAAGUUUGUUAUCGACUGCUCGGCUCCCGCCAAUGACAAGAUCUUUGAUGCUGCUGCCUUUGAAAAGUUCCUCCAUGACCGCAUCAAGGUCGAGGGCCGUACCAACAACCUCGGUGAAUCCGUCGUGAUCUCGCGUAGCGCCGAUAACAAGAUUACCGUUGUGGCCAAUAUUGCUUUCUCCAAGCGUUACCUCAAGUACCUCACCAAGAAGUUCUUGAAGAAGAACCAGAUCCGUGACUGGUUGCGCGUCAUUGCCACUGACAAGCAGACCUUCGAGCUUCGUUACUUCAACAUUGCCAAUGAUGAAGCCGAAGAUGAUGAAGAGUAA